AUGGCGCCGUCUAUCACUCGACUGUGCCGCAGCGUGGCUGUCUCGACGUGGCUCGUCUCCUCCCUUUGCUCCGUACACCUGUUGUGCUUGGACUUCACCGUGGCCGAGAAGGAGGAGUGGUACACGGCCUUCGUUAACAUCACCUACCUGGACCCGGUGACCGCGAGGCCGCGGAGCGACAAGAGCGAGUGCGGCCGCUACGGCGAGCAUUCGCCCAAGAAGGAAGCCCGAGGGCUGGUGUUGGCGCCGUGGUUGCCGCAGGAGCGACAGAUGUGCGAGCCGACCGCUCGCUUCCCACCGGCGGCGUCGCGCUCCGAUACCGCCUGGGUGGCGCUGGUGGCCGCGGGGAACUGCUCUUACCGGGAAAAGAUCCGGAACGCGGCCGGACACAACGCUUCGGCUGUGGUCGUUUACAAUAUGGGCUCCAGUGGUACCAACGACACUAUUACCAUGCCCCACUCUGGUACAGGCGACAUAGUGGCCAUCAUGAUCCCGGAGCACAAAGGUCGGGAAAUCAUGGCGCUGCUGGAGCAGCAGGUGGCGGUCACAAUGCACAUCACUGUAGGGACACGCAACCUGCAGAAGUAUGUGAGCCGAACAUCGGUAGUCUUUGUCUCCAUCUCCUUCAUCAUUCUCAUGAUAAUCUCCCUCGCCUGGCUUGUCUUCUACUAUAUCCAGAGAUUCCGCUAUGCUAAUGCCCGAGACCGCAACCAGAGACGCUUAGGGGACGCUGCCAAAAAAGCCAUCAGCAAGCUUCCAGUACGCACCAUUAAGAAAGGAGACAAGGAGGCUGAGCGCGACUUCGACAGCUGCGCCGUGUGCAUCGAGGCUUAUAAGACUAAUGAUGUCGUCCGGGUGUUGCCGUGCAGGCAUGUAUUCCAUAAGCAUUGCGUGGACCCCUGGCUGCACGACCAUCAGACGUGUCCCAUGUGUAAAAUGAAUAUACUCAAGGCUUUGGGAAUCUUGCUUAACCCGGACUGCUCUGACGAGUCGCCGCCAGACUACGAGUUUAUGCCGGGGGGUCCGUCCGCCAACCCGGCCGUUAGCGCGGUUGGGCAAAUCAGUGUCAGCGAGAGCUCCGUGGCACUGGAGCUGGCCCAGAGGGCGACUCAUCCCGACGUGGAGUUGGCGCCCCAGGCAGAAGAGAACUACUUUAUUUCCAGCAGUGAGCACCAGCUGCCACUCAGCAGUGAUUCCGACUCUUCCCUCAACAUGCUAAGCGGGACACAAGCGGACCCCGUCAGAGCCGGACAAAUUUCGGAGAAGGAAGAAGAGCAGGACCGGAGCACAACUACUUGA